GGAGGGGGCGGGUAGGGGUAGGCUCGCUACUUUCGGGGGUAUUACAUGUAAAUUCGCGAUUUAAUUUCGCUACAAAUUGUUUGACGGUACUUUUCAGGGAUCGAUCAGUCACAACUCGUCAGAGUUUGCAGCAGCCUUGAAUCUAAAAGCGCUACUAGUAUCUUACACAUUGUACAGUCAUGGCUGCCGAGGGUUAUCAGCAAAGUUCCCGCGAUGUACAAAUGGAAGGCGGUAAACUGUUCAUACAAACUGACGUGAAUCCACAGCCCGGAGAUGCCAUCUUGGAUUUAGGUUGCGGCACUGGUGAGCUAUCGGCGUACUUGGCUGAACUUGUAGGACCGGAGGGAUUCGUUGUUGGCGUUGAUCCCGAUGUGAAACGACUUAACUUGGCGAAAGAAACUCAUCGUGACAUCAAGAAUCUGUCACUUGUCCAAGGGAACUCGGACAACUUUGAAGGGAUGGGCUGUGAAAAGUUCGACAUUAUUUUCCUUAAUCAAGUUCUUCACUGGAUUCCUAGCAAACAACAAGCGUUUAAAAACAUGUUUAGUAGUUUAAAAGAAGGUGGAAAAGUCGCCAUUCAGUGCACAGACCAUUUGCAUCCCUUCAUGGCGACUGCGCUUGAAGAGUUGUUUCCUGAGAUUAAACAGCGAAUCAAAGAACGAGGUAAGGAAAUAUUUUUUGUUGACAAGGACAAUGUGGAUCGCAUAUGCGCGACAGAAGGAUUUGAGAUCGUGAAAAGCUACUACGCUAAUAACAUAAAGCUUGUUUGUGAGAGCGCGGAGGUUUUCCUAAAGUGGUUAUGGUCGAGUUCACAUGGAGUUUUUGAUCUAAAUCUAGUCACGGAAGUGAGAAUUCAACGGGGGUGUUCAUCCAUCUGUCCACAAAGCAGCGCAGAUUGA